GUAUCAUCAUUCAUCUCAUCGAGAACGUUUGUAUCUCACAAACAAGAGCACGGGGCUCAAUUAAUACUGCUAUUCUGAUAUCUCUAAUCUAAUAUUAUCUCAUGUUACGGCUACCAAAAGCAAAGAUAUCGAUUGAUUCUGAGAUCAACGCUAUGGAAGAUAAUAGAGCAGGGGCCUCUCAUAAGCCCAUUGUCACAACAUUCGCCAACGACUCUUCUCCUGACGAAUUAGGAGAAGAUGCUAUCAUGCCCCCGGUUGUGUCAGAUAUCAUGCAGACACGUCACAUUAUCAGCCCCAAAGCGCCCAUACCACACCAGCAAAUCCAGCAAACUUCAGCUACCAAGCCAAAAGUGCAAGGGCCUUCUACUAAUAUACCUACAAAUACGCCGACCGCCACCCCGACAAAGCCAACUACUCAAAUAGCCGUACAUAUUCGAUCAGUAUCCGCCUCGCCAUCUCAUGCGCGGCAAGAGAAGCUUAUAGCAGAUAGAAGCCGAAGGUUGCGGCCAGAAACACAACCGAGGCCGAUGGCGAAAAGGGUUUCUGUCAUUCCGUCUUUUACGCAAAAUGAUAGGGAAGAAUCCAGUCCUCAACCAAAGAAAAGGGGUAGACCGAAAGGCUGGAGACCUGGAAGGCCCUACGCGGAUGGCAAAGAAGGCAGCAGAGAGACCGCUAGUCCCGCUCCCAAAAAGAACCAACCUACUAAAGAAUUAAAACGACGAGGAAGACCACCGCGCCCUCCCGAACUCCCUGCCAGAGAUAAUUAUCUGCAAUCUAAGGCCGAGUACAUACCGUUUACCUGCGAAUGGAAAUAUUCCUCUGCGCGGGCAUGUCCAGCAGAGUUGCAUAACAUGAAGACCCUACGCAAGCACGUAUUUAUCGUCCACGGCGACGAAGAGCCAGCUACCUGCUUAUGGGGGAAAUGUGCAGCAAGGAAACCACCUAUCGAGUUCACAGACCGGGAAGAAUUCGAGGCGCACAUGGAGAAAGAACAUUUCAGAUCGUAUAUGUGGUACAGAGGCGAAGGAUAUCAGAAUGAUGGUAUCAUAACACUAAAACCCGAGACUGUUGAUGGACUUCCGUCCUACCUAUUCGACAAAGAUGGCAAUCAAAUCACUCCCUCGGUUACGGACCAGCAAUUCGAGGACGACCAGCAUUUCAAGGAAAGGAACCGAAAGUUGAGGCGAUUGCUAAUACAGAUGGAUGAGAAUGCCCUUACGGAAGAGGAGUACAGAAAACAGACGCUAGGAAUUGACUGAUUCGAUGUGAAUCAUGACGAUAAAAUCCGAUUGUAUAUAGGGAUAAAGCCGAUGCUUUUUGCCUUAUUCCCGUGCCGAGCCGCAGUCUCGCUAAUCCGGAUGGAUCUCCGCUGAUUGUCGAUUUUGCUAAUUGGGUCUCAUGACGCGAUACUAAUAGGAUAAGUGGCGUU